AUGCGUGAAAGUCGCAUCACAUGCUCAUCUGGCGAUUGGCAUGUGGGCAUCCGCGUGUCUGCACAUGCAUCUGGGCGUUGUAGGUCUUGUGUGGGGGAAGGUGGGGGGGGAGGAGGGGCGUUGGAGGGGAUCGGAGGUGAGCAACUGGAGGGGACCAAAGGGCUCCGGUGGCUUGGCGUAGGCCAGUUGGGGCGAGGAGAGAGCAAUUGUGGGGAGCAAGAGGACACAAACGUCGGGUACCAAAACGACAAUUUGACGAGCCCAAUUGAGGGCGCCGGAAUGUGA